AUGAGCAAGGUUGCCGACCAUCUUAUCUGCGAGAAAUUUCAGAUGAAAGCGUAUGAAGAAACUUGUGGAGAGCACAAGACAUCAGACGGUGCAGGUCCUCAGAUACCAAAACAAGUUCAGAACAACAUCAUUGAUCGAAUCAAGGUUAAGGCACCUGUCAAUCAAAUGCCAUCUCAUGAAGGCGACUCUGUUGAUAUGGUUGAAGAAUUUGUUUCUGCAUUCAAAGUUCAACUAUGGCAAUGGAUCCAACUACAAAAUGUACAACCAACAUCAACCAGGAGGAACAAAGAGAGUCCCAAGAAUCCGAACUUGGGACAUCAAUGGUGGAGCAAAAUAUGGUUGAACAAAGUUUUGCUGAUUAUAGAUCAAAAGUCAAAAAAGCCCAAAAAGAAUGAGGAAGCAAAAUUGAGGAUUAGGGUUUAUAAUUCGGAAAUUAAGGAUUGGAACAACGAUCCUGCUAGUGGGGAAGCAUGA